AUGGACGUGGAGCACAAGCUAGCGCUCCCCCAGGUGACGGUCCGAGCCACCCUCGUCGGCCUUGCCAUCGGCCUGUUGGUGCUCGUGCUGAAUUUCCAAUUCGGCCUCCAGACAGGGUGGGUGCUGAUGAUGCUGCUCCCCUCAGCGCUAUUAGGCUACGCCGUGUUCCACGCGUGCCCGCUACGACACAAGUUUACCGAUGUCGAGAAUGUCUUCGUCCAAAGUGUGGCUGUGGCCGCAGGUACGGGACCAUUGGCGUUCGGUUUAGUGGGGAUCGUACCGGCAAUUGAGAAAUUCCUUGCCGGCGACGAGACCGGCUACGGCCACCCGAUGACGUUUUCCUUAGCGCAAUUGAUGGUGUGGCUGCUUGGUCUUGGCUUCUUCGGCGUGUUCUUCGCCGUUCCCUUGCGCAAACAGGUGAUUGUCCGAGAGAAGCUUCCGUUCCCGCUGGGGCUGGCCACAGCGACGUUGGUGCUGGUAUUACACCAAACUGCCACCGUAGACGGAGAAGCACCGUCACAACUGAACCAAGAAUACCGCGAAGAUAUCACUAAUAUGGUGUCGACGUUCGUGGUGUCGCUGGCAGUGACGUUGGCGCUGUACUUCUGGCCCAUCCUCAGAGCGAUCCCUAUAUUUGGCAGUUACAUAUCGAAACACUAUUUGUGGAACUUCCAACUAUCAGCGGCUUAUAUUGGUCAAGGGAUGAUUAUGGGGCUUCAAACUACCUCCUAUAUGUUGUUUGGGUGUAUACUAGGAUGGGCGGUACUCGGUCCUUUGGCCCACUACCAAGGGUGGGCUCCCGGUCCCACUGACGAUUGGAAACACGGUGCUCAGGGCUGGAUUCUCUGGGUGCUGUUGGCGGCGAUGGUGGCCGAUCUGGUGGUGUCGCUUAUUAUUAUCAGUGGUAAACUGAUACAAAACUUACGGCAACGUUCAAGUACUCAAGAAACUGAGCCGCUAUUAGCGUUAGCUGAGGUGGACGAUGUUCCAAAACGGUACCUUAUCAGCCCCAAGUUCACGGCGUGGGGGAUAGUGGCGUCAUCACUUCUCUGUGUUAUACUGGUGAAAUGGGUCUACGGUUCCGUAAUGCCAGUAUAUGCUAUAUUCGUGGCGUUAGCGCUUACAUUCGUGUUUGCCAUCCUUGGGGUAAGAGCGUUGGGUGAAACCGAUUUGAACCCCGUCAGUGGUAUCGGUAAACUCAGUCAGCUUGUGUUUGCCGUCGUGGUACCUCCCUCACACCCGGCCCGGCUUCUAAUCAAUUUAGUGGCUGGUGGUAUUGCUGAAGCCGGGGCUCAACAAGCCGGCGACUUAAUGCAAGACCUUAAGACGGGUCUGCUUCUUGGUGCCUCCCCUAAGGCUCAAUUUGUGGCUCAGUGUAUCGGUACCUUAUACCUGGUGCUCUUGAGUUCAGUGAUGUACAAAGUGUACAACCACGUCUACACCAUUCCCAGUGACAGCUUCCGCAUUCCUACAGCUGUGAUUUGGGUUGAUUGUCUGCGGUUAGUCACGGGCGAGGGACUUCCACCAAAAGCCUGGGAGGCCUCGGUGAUUACUUUCGUGGUGUUUGCAGCCAUUGCCGUGGCCAAAAACCUUGGAACAUCACCUAAACUUCGCUACUUACCCAGUGGGGUCGCCGUGGGUAUCGGUAUCUAUAAUACCCCCAACUUCACCCUUGCCCGCUUUUUGGGCGGGGUCAUCUCAUACUGGUGGAUGAAGCGGUCGACACGACAGGUGGCGAUGAUCAUCUUCCUGAGUGGGCUUGUGCUUGGCGAAGGAGUGUUCUCCGCCGUGGUGUUGGGCCUUCGCAGCAUGGGCAUUUGA